UGGCGUAUAAUUCGAAAACGAUGACAGUGACAUCUAACCCCUUUGGGCGAGCAAGCGUGGCUAAUCAAGGCACCAAAAGAAAGAUGAGCAGUUCGGAGGAGGUGUCAUGGAUUUCCUGGUUUUGUGGCCUCAGAGGCAAUGAAUUCUUCUGUGAGGUUGAUGAAGACUAUAUUCAGGAUAAAUUUAACCUAACAGGACUGAAUGAACAAGUGCCACAUUAUCGUCAGGCUUUAGAUAUGAUUCUUGAUUUAGAGCCAGAUGACGAUUUGGACGACAAUCCAAACCAGUCGGAUUUAAUUGAACAGGCGGCGGAGAUGCUUUAUGGUUUGAUACAUGCACGUUAUAUAUUAACAAAUCGAGGUAUAGCGCAAAUGAUUGAAAAAUAUCAAGCCGGCGAUUUUGGUCAUUGUCCACGUGUUUAUUGUGAAUCACAACCAAUGCUUCCAUUGGGUUUAAGUGAUGUUCCCGGUGAGGCAAUGGUUAAAAGUUAUUGUCCAAAAUGCAUGGAUGUUUAUACGCCAAAAAGUUCACGACAUCAUCAUACAGACGGUGCUUAUUUUGGUACGGGAUUUCCACAUAUGCUGUUUAUGGUACAUCCUGAAUAUCGACCAAAGCGAGCAACAAAUCAAUUUGUACCAAGAUUAUAUGGUUUUAAAAUUCAUCCAAUAGCUUAUCAAGCUCAACAACAAUCAGCAUCGACGUUUAAAGCUCCACUACGAGCAUUGACUUACAACAAUGGAAAACGCUAAGGAACAAGUGAACAAAAAAAAAAGAAAAAAAAAAAUAGUCUAGAAAUCAUCUUUACACGACUUUUAACGCAAAUCUUAAUUUCGUCCCCUAAGUCUUAAAAUAAAAUAUUAUUUUUUAUA